GAAAUUGUGAAGUAGAUGGGGUAUAAAAGAUAGGUAGGUACGCGCACCAACUGCCGUGUGAGUUGUGACUGCUGAAAUUUUGACAUAUGAAUCCUCCUCCUCUGUAGCUCCGGAGAAGAAGAAGGCUGUUCUAAGUUGACUUUGUCUUCCUCAAAGUUCCAGGCAAUAAAUUCUCCGUUUUCAGGAAACAAAUUCUAAGCCCCCUUCUAGCAAUCAAUCAACGCUCUCCCGGUUUACCUCCCCAACAUUUCAACUCCAUAUUAGGUGAGUCAAGCUACGUUCCUUCGUACGCGGCAUAUGUAUGCGUUCAUACCGAAGAAAUUUCCCAAUUUCCUGCAGUAUUUAUUUGCAAUUUGAUCUUGAUUUUUCGCAUCCAAGUUUUAAUUUUUUUCUCAGGCAUUAAAUUAAUUUUUAUAUCUGAGCUCGUUUUACAGGUCAACAAGACCCUUCGCCAUCGCCAAGUCUGCAGCGUAAAUCAAGCUCCUUAAUUCCGCUUCCUCGCACGUCUCAGCCUGAAUCUUGAAGCAAACUGCCCAAAUCAGCUUACCAUCCCGAUCUCGAAGGAUUUCUCUUCCUGUCGCAACUCCAGGUGAAAAAGCAUGGCACCGACCCCAACUCGAAUUGGCCUUGCUGGCCUAGCUGUAAUGGGACAAAACCUUGCACUCAACAUAGCCGAGAAAGGGUUCCCGAUAUCCGUCUACAAUAGAUCAACCUCAAAAGUCGAUGAGACUGUUGAACGAGCCAAAGCAGAAGGUGAUCUCCCACUCUACGGUUUUCACGACCCCAAAUCCUUUGUUCUCUCCAUCCAAAAGCCUCGUGUCAUCAUUAUCCUCGUCAAAGCUGGUUCUCCAGUUGACCAGACCAUCAAAACCCUCUCAGUCUACCUGGAGAAAGGAGACUGUAUCAUCGAUGGAGGCAAUGAGUGGUAUGAGAACACCGAGAGGAGAGAAAGAGAAGCAGCCGAAUUGGGCUUGCUUUAUCUUGGAAUGGGAGUGUCUGGCGGUGAAGAAGGUGCUAGGCAAGGCCCAUCACUAAUGCCUGGAGGCUCUUUCGAGGCGUACAAGCACAUCGAAGACAUCCUACUCAAAGUAGCAGCCCAAGUCCCAGACAGCGGGCCAUGUGUGACUUACAUUGGCAAGGGCGGAUCUGGAAACUUUGUUAAAAUGGUUCACAAUGGUAUCGAGUAUGGUGACAUGCAAUUGAUUGCCGAAGCAUAUGAUGUUUUGAAAUCUGUGGGCAAGCUAUCCAAUGCUGAAUUGCAUGAAGUGUUCACGGAGUGGAAUAAAGGGGAACUUUUGAGCUUCUUGAUUGAGAUCACUGCCGAUAUAUUUGGAAUCAAGGAUGACAAGGCAGACGGGUAUUUGGUGGAUAAGGUUUUGGAUAAAACUGGCAUGAAGGGGACCGGGAAGUGGACGGUUCAGCAAGCUGCUGAACUGUCAGUUGCCACCCCGACGAUCGCUUCGUCACUGGACUCGAGAUUCCUCAGUGGGUUGAAGGAAGAGAGGGUCAAAGCAGCGAAGAUAUUUAAAGCCGGUGGGAUAGGUGAUGUCAUUGCUGACCAGGUUGUUGUUGACAAGAAACAGCUGAUCGAUGACGUCAGGAAGGCACUUUAUGCUUCCAAGAUAUGCAGUUAUGCACAGGGGAUGAACUUGAUUCGUGCAAAGAGUGUUGAGAAAGAAUGGGAUUUGAAACUCGGUGAGCUGGCUCGGAUUUGGAAGGGGGGCUGCAUUAUCCGUGCUAUAUUUUUGGACCGUAUCAAGAAGGCCUAUGACAGAAACCCAGAUCUUGCCAACCUUCUAGUGGAUGAAGAGUUUGCAAAGGAGAUAAUUGAAAGGCAGUCUGCUUGGAGAAGAGUUGUUUGCCUUGCUAUCAGCUCUGGUAUUAGUACCCCUGGUAUGUCUUCGAGUUUGGCUUAUUUUGACUCGUACAGGAGGGAAAGUCUGCCAGCCAAUUUGGUCCAAGCUCAGCGGGAUUACUUUGGGGCUCAUACAUACGAGAGGACCGACAUGUCGGGUUCCUUCCAUACCGAGUGGUUCAAGAUUGCCAAACAAUCAAAGAUUUGAUUUUUUUAAGCUCUACACCUUUGUUGAGCUAGACUGAUGCUGCUUAUGUGCUGAAUAAGGUUUGUGACCGAAAAUGUAAAAUUCAGUCAUGGAACCAUUCGAUCAUGCUUAAUAUGUUUGGAAUAUUUGGAAUUUAUUGAAGUUUAUUUAGUUUUGAUAAUUAUUUGUAAACCAGACCAUCUUUUUUCAUUUAAUAAAAUCUUUAAGCAUUUCUUUUUUGUUAACUAUGCCGUUAUAGUUCAAAGUCUCUAACACAGGCAUGCAUGUAAGCGUUACUUACAAC